AUCCUCUUUAACGCCCUGUCUCCUGAUCCAGGUCUGUGGGCUGUGGUCAACAACGCUGGUGUGUCAACAUUUGGAGAAGUCGAGUUCACCUCCAUGGACACCUACAGGAAGGUGUCGGAGGUCAACCUGUGGGGCUCCAUCAGGGUCACCAAGGCUGUUCUGCCGCUGAUCCGCAAGGCCAAAGGUCGAGUUGUGAACAUCUCCAGCAUGAUGGGGAGGAUGGGGGUCUACUUGAGUUCUCCGUACUGCAUUUCCAAAUACGGCGUGGAGGCCUUUUCCGAUUGCCUUCGCUACGAGAUGAAGACCUGGGGGGUGAAAGUGUCCAUCGUGGAGCCGGGGAACUUCAUGGCGGCCACGGGCAUCAUGAGCCGAGAGAGCAUGGCCAACACGGCCCACAAGAUGUGGAGCGAGGCGCCGGCGCACGUGCAGGAGGAUUAUGGGAAAGCUCGAUUUGAGAUGCUCAUGGCUAGCGUGCGCUCGAACAGCAACAGCGGUCAGAAGGACAUAUCUCCGGUUCUGGAGGACAUCACUGACGCCAUUAUGUCCAAACGCCCGUACACUCGGUACCAUCCGAUGGAGCCGCACUGGUGGAUCAGAGUCCAGCUGAUGACACAUCUGCCGGCCGCCAUGUCCGACUUCCUGUACUUCUAGAAGCUGUCAACAACACAGACUCUCAAGUAGGGUUGCAACAUUCCGGGAAUUAACGGGAAUAAACUGGUAAUCUUCAAAA